AUGCCCCAGCCACGAGAUUGUCAUGGCGCUGAGGCUUUUGAAGAUAAAGUCUUGAUCUUGGGAGGAGAAGAUGAUGAUGAUGAUGUUUUAGACAGUGUGUUGGAGUUUGAUCCAAAGAAGAAUGAAUGUAAGGAGCUGCCAUCAUUAACACAUCCCAUGCAGGAAAUGGCAUCGUCAAGUUCAGAAUGAUGUUUUCAUGUAUGACUGCAAGACGGGCAAGAUCACAGCCUUACCAUCCAUGUUGAAGGAGAGAUAUGAAUGUUGUGCAGUUAUUACUGGAAAUACAAUUGUAGUCAUGGGAGGUAAGAAUGAAGAUUAUGAUGAUCUCAGUUCAGUGGAGUGUUUUACAAUGGGAGGUUCUACAUGGAAGUAUCUUCCUAGCAUGAAUAACGAAAGAUCUGGAGCAGUUGCUGAAGUUCUACCCUCAACAAGGAAAUAUGUGUAUGUUUGACAUUUAACGUUUGUCUACAAAUAUAUAUUAGAUUGUUUUGUUCAGAGGUAAAAUUCCACGCAUUUCUCAAUCUAAGCUGAGAUUUCUGACUGAAGGUAAAGUAAUACGAAUAACAAAGUUUCUCCAAGCAACAUGCAAAAGCUGAUUGCAACGCCAUGUUACGAUCAAAAUGUUUUUGCAUAUUUUCUUGGCCGUUUAGCCAAGUUAUGUCCAAACAAUUCAUUUAAACCAGCCUUUGUUGCAGUUGAAGUCAUUGUGUUGUUCGUAUUACUAUGUUCCUUGGCUCAAACAAGCAAAAGUGCUGGAAAUUAAUGUAAGAAUUUUAAAGUCAAAAACUACUAGUAAUACAAGUUUACCGUUGUUAGAAGUAAAAACUUUAAUAUUGGGGAGCUGGAACUUCCUUCCAUAUGGAUUGUAUCUUUAGAGGACAAGUUGAUGACGACCAGCCGUUCUGACCUUUAUCUCGUGUACACAACUCUCCUGUUGGUGGGUCCUCUUUCUCAUUAGGAUAGAAAAUUUUAUACUUGUACUUAUUUAGCGGUUGUUGAUGAAUGUAGUGGCUUUAAUUGUAGUAAAUUUGAGGCAUUGUUUGCAAAUUAUUUUUGUUGUUAGAUAGCUUUUUUCGAAGGGAUUUAAUGUUUUUGUGAUUGAUUAGCUCUUACACACGUAAAAACGCACAAAUUGUUACAGGUCUGCAAACAAGUUGUUACAAAUCUUUUCACAAACUGUCAACAAGUUGUCUUCACACUGCUUGUUCCCAGUUGUUGUAACAUGUUUGGAACAAGCUGUUAACAACUUGUAACAAGGUUGAUGGCAUUGACAUGUAGCAAUUAUCAGACUUGUUACAACGUUGUUCUAACACGGUCUGAUACAGUCAUGAUAUAACAAGAAUGUUACAAGGUUGAUGACACAAGGUUGUAACAAUAUUGUUAUUUCAUGACUGUAAUCGAACUUGUUGGAACAACCUUGCAACAAGUCUGAUAAUAUCAACAAGGUUGUUACAAGUUGUUAACAGCUUGUUCCAAACUUGUUGACAGCUUGGGACAAGCAGUGCGAACACAACUUGUUGGCAGACUUGCUACAAUAUCCACUUCAUUGUGGUGACUCGAUUGUAUGUCCAUUUUUCUUAACAGUUGGGAAGAUACCCACUUAAGUGUGGUGACCCCAUUGUAUGGGGGGGGGGGGAGCAGAGGCUUUACACAAGUAUGAAAAACAUAAAAAUAUUUAAAAAAACAAAGAACUAAAUACGCGUUGGCAGGCUUUGACUGUCCAUGUCUGGCUGUUUGAUUCUAGCUGUCCUAUAGGCAUGCUGAUGAGCUCUGACAUUGAGCGAAACAGUCAAAAUUUAAAUAUUGUGAAUGAGGUUUUCCUAUUUUUGUGUUAAUCUUUAUUGUUGUCUGAAAUAUGCUAAAAUAUCAAAAAAAAAUUUCUUCAUUAGGUCAAGCUAUUUCCUGAAAUUUGAUGCUCAAAUUGCUAAAAAUAGCGUUUCUGGGAGUCUACAUUUCAAAAUUUAUCCAAGGGGGAUUGUAUGACCAGUUAAUUUUUAAUCCAAGCUAGGUUCGCCACUAGUGCUGUUAUUUUUUAUUAUCAAGCCGUAUAAAUUGACGAUGCUCUUGAGAGCGCAUUCCAAAUGGUUAUUCGUUGUAAAAAUGUAUCAGUCAAUGUCAACUACAUUUACUAGCAUUUCUUUUUCUUCCUCGCAACUUCGUGAUUUUCGAAAAAAUUUACAGGAUAUUCCACAACAUUUUCUUUUUUUCUCGAAGCCAAAAAAGCGAAUAAAUUAUUAUUCCCUCUUCGAGAAUGUAGGAAAUCCUCCCUACCUCCCGGGAUUGGGCUGACAUACCCGCCAAAGAUUUUAGGAAAUUAGGCCAAUACUUGAAUACGUUUCGUCAGUCAGGGGAGAAAUCCCGAAAUAUCCGGGCUCGAAACAGAAAUUGAACGCGUUCAACAAAGAAGCCUGAGAAUCCUAGCACUGGAGAAAGAUGGUGAUUGCUAGAUAGUAUACUUCAAAAUAAGGUUUUCGUUUUUAUAACGUAGAAAAAAUUAUCCUAACGCAAAACUAAACCGUAACAUUAACCCCAACCCUAACCUAAUCCUAACUUAUUUUUAAAAUCGAUAUAAAAACGGAAACCUUAUUUUGAAGUAUAUACUAUCUAGCAAUGGACCAUUUGCAUUAUAGACUAAAUUUUGGUCUAGUCAAAAAUUUCAUCACAACUUGAAAGAGCAUAACAAAAUUAGUAAUAUUUCAAAGUUUCGUUGCAAAAUGUUGUAAAAUGCGGAUAAUAUAGCCUUGCCGAUUGGCGUAAUACAAAAUGACUGAAAAACGGCAAACUUCGCAAGGCUAUAUUAUCCGCAUUUUACAACAUUUCGCAACGAAACUUUGGAAUAUUACUAAUUUUGUGAUGCUCUUUCAAGCUGUGAUGAAAUUUUUGUCUAGAUCAAAAUUUAGUUUAUAAUGCAAAUGGUCCAUUACUGGAGAAAGAUACCCUCUCCACAUUAAGAGUAAGAAGGGAAAACGCAACAUGGGACAAGCUGAAAAGAAUCGUGGAAGUCCUAAAUAACCCAUGCAUAAUAACCGUUAUCUAGCCAUCAGAAAUAAUCAAACUUACGAACUAAAGAGGACUAGAAACAACUUUCCAAGACAGUCCUCAAAAACAUACAGCUAUACACACGCAAAAAUCUCACAUCUUGUAACAAGUUUGCCAACAAACUGUCAAUGUAUUCGCACUGCUUGUCAAAGUUGUCAACAGGUUUGGAACAACUUGUUGACAACUUGUAACAACCUUGUCGAAUUAUCAGACUUGUUGCUUGCAAGACAAGUCCGUUACAUGUUCUGACAAGUCCGUUACAUGCUUGAGAUAACAAGAUUGUUACAACCUUGUGUGAACAACCUUGUAAAAUCCUUGUUAUAUCAUGGCUGUAACAAACUUGUUAGCACAGUCUUGUAACAAGGCUGAUAAUGCCAUCAAGCUUGUUACAAGUUGUUAACAGCUUGUUUCAACAAAGUGGGAACAAGCAGUGCGAACACACAACUUGUAGACAGCUUGUGAACAGAUUUGUAACAACUUGUUUGCAGACUUGUUACAAGCUGUGCGUUUUUAUACGCGUGCAAUACGUCUUUUAUUUCAAGAGCGUGGACAUUAUCAAAUUCAUGAAUGAUAUGACUUUUACUGUAUGUUGUAUUUAAAUAGUUAAUAACCCCCGAAUCUUUAAAAUGGGAAUCGAAAAACCCCCGAAUCUUUAAACUGGGAAUCCAAAAACCCCAAAAUCUUUAAUUAAACUCGGAAUCGAAAAACCACCGAAUCUUUAAACUGGGAAUCGAAAACCCCCGAAUCUUGAAGCUGGGAAUCGGAAAAACCCCGAAUCUUUAAACUGGGAAUCGAAAACCCCCCGAAUCUCUAAACUGGGAAUCGAAAAAACCUCCAAUCUUUAAACUGGGAAUCGAAAAACCACCGAAUCUUUAUAAUCCGGAAUCUAAAAACCCCCGAAUCUUUAAGACUGUUUUCAGUCCAGGUUUUACAGGCUACGGCUAGCUUUUUUAAGUCCUGGUUUUACAGGUUAAACUCGGAAAACCCCCGAAUCUUUAAAAUCCGGAAUCGAAAACCCCGAAUCUUUACGGCUUUUUUCAGUCCAGGUUUUACAGAUUACGGCUUUUCUCAUUCCGGGUUUUACAGAUUAAGGCUUUUCUCAUUCCGGGUUUUACAGAUUAAGGCUUUUCUCAUUCCGGGUUUUACAGAUGGGCAUUCCAAACCCCCAAGGGAGUUCAGACCAAUGCAUGCGUUUAGCAGUAGCCAAUGAUAGCAAAUCUUUCGGAAGCUAAACCAAUCAGAGCUCGUAAAAAUCUGACAAAACAAACAAUGGUGUGUGGUUCACGGCUUUAUACGUAUUCCGUGGCAAAUUUGAAUAUUUCUGCUCGAGGCUUCAAAGUUGAGAGAGCACACAAUGAAAGUUACUACAACCAAACUUCGCUUUUAUGAAACUUAUUCGAAGUGAAAUCGGUAUACCUUGCAGAGGGAAAGGUCAGUAUUAAAUUUAGCUAUUUUUAAAACGUUUUUGAGUUGUUCUUGUUAAGUUCCAGUUGCUUUUCGAAGCUCGUGUGUAGAAUAUAUUCAUUGUAUUAAUAUGUAUUGAAUUGAAGCGCUUCGUUUCGGCGCUUAGUCGCUUUGUUUCUUUGGUGUUUCUCUCUCAUUUUCUAGCAGUUGUGUUCAGAAAUACCCCAGCUUUGAUUUAUUUAACUCAUAUUUAGUUUAUUUACGAUUUCAGGGCGAAAAUUUGAGGAGAAAGUGAACUAAUUUAAGUCGCCGACAUAGUCGAAAAGGCGAAAUCCUUGGUAAGCAUAAUGUCCACUAAAGGCGUUUCCUUCUUGUUUUUUUUUUAACUUCCCUUAUACACCUAGAACGUCUUCUAGUAAAGCCUUGUACCUUGAUGAACAUUCUCUGUCAAAUUUAGUUAAAAUUUUGUCCGUACAGAGCGAAAUGGCGACUCAUUUUAGGCAUGUUCAAUUCGACAUGCAUUUUAAACAUUUUAGCUUCUACAAAUUUGUCGUUUAUGUACAAUUUGUACUCGCAGGGAUAGCUAAGCUUUUUGAGUUUUUGAGGUUGUCUUAGUUGAAUUUAACCCAAAUCUUUUUAAGAAGCCCAGAGAUGAAAUGCCCUCGUGGUUCAUGCCCUAAUUUUAUGCAUACAUACACGCAUUCUUUAAAAUUAAAAUGAAUCGAAUUGGACAACCACACCCUGUGUAAACGACAUUAAAUAACUCUUCACUGUUAAAACUAAAAUUGAUUAUCAAACUUUUUUAGUUUGCCUCAAGUUCGAUUGUUUUGACGCCAAACAGUACAGAAAGACCUCUGCGCAGAUUUGAAGAGAAUUUCGCCUAGCAGUCGAAGGAAAACGAGAUCAGAAGACAGGAAGGCAAAGGCUGAAUGAAGACUAUCAUCAGCUAACCCACAGCAUUCAUCGUCGCAUUUCAUUUGUCCCAAGUUUGGAAGAGACAGUAAAAUUUAAUACCAUAGUUUGGUGACGGAAUGCUCCAAAGCAAAUACACCCAUCAUCAGAUUUCGCUCUGUCAGCCUAUUGUGAAUGGGUGCCAUGACCUGUCAAGCCACGACGCGACGCCGUACCAUCCAGAGAUUCUAAACAAUGCUCUGCACCAUCGUUUACAAGAAUGGCAUGAGGGAUUGUACAUUAGAGAAGGUAUAUCUCGUCAUUAGAGAAGGUAUAUCUCGAUCACCCUGAGGACGCCCAAAUGCACAAACCAAAUUUAAAUAUGGCACCUUUUCCUUAACUUCGCAAUUUAUUCAAAUUUUUCACAUUUCUUCGUAUUUUGUGACAAGCUCUUAACGAAAUCGAAAUGUUUGAAAUUCGGAAGGUUCUAUCUGGGAGUUUGUUUAUUUGAAAGAUAUUUGAAAUGAAAUUUUGAAAUUUACAUCACUUUGGUAUUCGGUUUAAACACUAUAGGUAAAAUCAUGCCUGAUGAGUGGCCGGCCAUUGGUCGAGGUUCGGUGGUACUUCGGCUCGGACUUCCCCGACCUACAGUCGAGUUGCUCUGAUCGAUUGUCGUGAUCAACUAGCACAGGUGCAAGAUCUGGCCAACCUUACAUCAGUGCUUUUUGUUCGUGGCAUGAGAUUGGGGCAGCUCGCUUGUAGGCCUGGAAAGAUCAAGCGGAAGUACCAUCAAACUGUGAUUUGUGGCCGGCUUUUUGUCUGUAUGGCUUUACCCAGCGUUUUCCCGUUAUCAUUUUGAUGCAGAUUUUGGGAUUUUGGCUUGAAUAUCUUUAAUAUAAACAUUCUUUGAGGUAUAAUCUUUCAAGAAUUUCAUGGGUUUUGACUAGUUAAGGUGUUGCUCGCAGAUAUAUAAUUGUAUUAAAAAAAUUUAACCAAUAAAAUUUAAAACUGAUCAAAACGUCAUUUGAGGUGUCAGAUGGGAGGUCCAGUGGGAGUCGUAGCGGAUAUCAAUGGAUAAACACGGAUUACUGUUAACUAUUGGAGAUAGAUACUGUGAACGUUAGUGGAUUAUUAUGAACAUUGAUGGAUUACAACGAACACUUCAGGAUUAUUGUGAACAUUUUGGAUAAAAUGUACCUCGCGAUCGACGGUUAACCUACCAAUGUACCUUGAUGACGAAAGCUGCACGACGGCAACGAGAGGACUGCCUCAAGGUUAGAGUAUUAGUCUGAUAACAAGCAGUAGUUAGUUUGUUAUCAGGCAGUAGUUAAUUAAGGGUUAGCCUGCUAUCAGGCAGUAGUUACCCAGGACUCUAAUUUGCAUGUGUUUGGUGACGUCUCUGGGAUAAACCGGUUUAAAAAACCUGGCGGUCUGUCGUUAGUUGUACAUUUGCACACAAGGUUGACUUUUAUUCAGAUGUUUGCAUGCUAAUAAAAAAUGAGGUACAAUUCUGACCUCAGUUAAUCAGAAUUUCGACAUCGUCUGCAAUCGAAAGUCAAUCUUAAGAGGUUAACAUUUGAGCUUCCGGUCACGUGGUUCGUUGCAUGCACUCGGUUCGGUUAUUGGUGGGUUUCAGUAAGUGUUACAAUCCAAACGAUGGUCAAUGUCAGAAAUGUUGACAGUUCCUGAGCAAUUUAUUUUGCUUCAAAUACAAGACUACUACUUAAAGUAAAAAAACAGUGAACAUUAUUUUCUCACUCUAGUAACUCGUACUGAAACCCAAUGUUCGUGCCAAUGUUCUUCUCUUUGUGUAAAUGUACUGCUUAGGUGUCUCCGUGUCUGUGCAUGGAUAAACGCAGCGCGCAACUAGUAUCCAGAAUAUAGGCAGACGAGUAAAACCUUGCCAGACUUAAAAAUUUUGUUUAUAUCGAUAUGUUAUGUUCAUAAAUGUAUAGAAAUAUCAUGAAAUGUGUUAGGCUUUGGCUUGGGGUUAAAUCUAACCCUAUAACCUUAACCUUAACUCAUUACAUUAUCUGUAUAUUUGUGUAUGUAAUAUAUGGGUGUAGCUAAAAUUUUGUUGAAAAGCUGGCAUAGUUUUCCUUGGAUAGGAUAACUAAACUGGGUGCAAAUGGUAUCCAUAGCUUAGAGGGUGCAAAUGGUACCCGUAAGAAGAUUUGGUGGAUAUCGUUGUGGAUAUUUUUGGACAAGAUAAAAAGAUCAGUUUAAGACUGUAAUGACAUGAUAUUGUAAUGAUAAAUAGUCUAGGCUUUAGUAAGUAAAGAUAAUAAAUUGGCGGUAUAUUGUCUUGGAAAGUUGUAUCUUUCAUCGCCCGUAGUGCAUGUAUAUCGCUGGUUUCGAACGUUAGUUUUCUGCCCCGGGUUAUAUGAAAACAGUUCGCUACCAGAGAUUAGGUCCCCUCUCUGUUAUGGCGGCUCGACGAUGGAAGAAAUUAAUAUAAGGCAUGCAAACCUUACCCCUGUUUGUGGAAGCUCACCAGGUGCGAUGGCACACUAGGUUAAGUUAAGCUAGGGGCAUGACCGAGACUCCACAUUCGGGGGUUUCCCUUACAGGUUUUUGAAAGGUUAUAUGCGCGCGCGCACUAGUUAGGAAGGUUAGGCAGCUAGAAAUAGGGCGUUUUCGCUUCUCUUUGCAUGUAUACUAUAAGGCAUGUAUACUAUGUAAUUCAUAUUAUCGUCUUACUUUUGCGCCAGUAACUUUCUGUGAAGUAUCUAACACAACAGGAAAAUGGAUUCUGUUUCCCUGCUGAAAAAUACUUACAGAACCAACUCAAAGUGGAAUUGAAAAAAAAGGAAAUAUUGCGAAAAAGAGAAAAAUAAAAAUAAAACCGCGAAGCCACUUUGAAUUUAAGCAACAAUAGUCCAAGAAUACUCGUUGCAGAAAAAACAACAAAAAAGAAACAAUUUUCUGCCUAAAAUAUCUUGGAUUAGGGGCUUAACGAUAAGAAACGUAGUUCUCGCUCCAAAGUGGAGAAUAGGCUCGUUUCUUUAGGUUGCUAAUGCGUUGCGCGCGUGUUUUAUAAAUUGUACUAUAAGUUUUCAGUUGAAAAGACCGCCAGGGAAUAUAGGGUGUUUUCAUGUGUUGCUUUGUUGACGGACAAGUUUUCAAAAUAAUGGUUUUCUUGUUUCCUUGUAUUUCGACACUUUAACUUGUUCCCAAACAUAGCCGCCGUGAAAACACCCUGCAGAUCAAGUUUAUAUAUGGUCGCAAUAGCAAUAUAGAAUGUUUGCCAUGUUGCAUUCCGUGUUGUCUUGCAUUGUUCAUACAUGAGCUUGGUCGAACCAUGGAUCAUAAAAACACCAUGGUCGAACGCAGCUAAUUAACAUAAGCGGCGCGCGCGUGCUGCUGUAAUGCGGAGUACAGUCAGUGAGUGUACUCCAUGUGCAAAUAGUGAAGUGUGCUCUAUAUAGUCUAGACUUGAAACAAGGGCUCAUGCGCAACGUUUCAUGCUUAUUAAAAUUAAACGCGCUAACUUGCAUGCUAAGUAAAAUUAAGGGCAUGAAAAUCAGUGCAUGCUAUAUUUAAAUUGAGUGCGCGCGUUGCAAUUUUCUUGCGCGCGAAAGCAAAAUGCGCCAGAAAUCCAAAUAUAUAGAAAUGCACACAUCACAUCUUCAAAAUGCAUCCAAUUGUCCUAACACCUUCUACAAACUGUCGUAAAAUCUGUUGGGCUGUUGGAUUCAUUUGCCACGCACCUUGUCCUGAACAUAUUUGAAAUAUUUUCAAGUUUCAAGGUCAAGAUAAAUAUACUCUGAUGUGGAACAAUUUGUUCGUAAAAAGGUAUAUUAGUCUUGCGCAAUUUGUAGACUGAAUUUUCGGGUGGUCUACAAUGAUUUUUUUGAACAUCUUGAGAGAUUUCUUAAAAGUGUUUUUUGCAAGAUUUUUACUUCUCUGGAUUUUGGUAGGUAUGGGUAGGUAUGGUAUACUAUAGUUAAUUCGGUUGUGUAAGUGGGCGGGGUUUUCCCUGCGGUUUUCGGUAUCCGGACUCAUAAUCACCAAGGUUUUUCACCAGAUCUCACCAUGCACAGCAACCGUGCAUGGCACUUCUGGUUUUCCUCGGGUGAUUAUGCAUUUUUUCAUUUGGCAAAAUAUCUAAAAAUUCCAAAAACAAAAAACAGUGUCCGUGUUCGGGACGAAUUUAGUACUGUAUAGGAAAAAAAGGAUUAUAUAGCUGUUGUAUAUUUUCACGUUCGUCGUUGAGUGCAUGUGUCUUUAUAUUCUGUGAAUGGAGUUGCAUUCUCUCAAAUAUAUGCAGUAAUUAUAUAUAUUACAUCGUUACACCCCAUUUUCCAUCUUUUGAAUAAAAAAGUGGUUUGCAAAGGGGGAGCCAUCUACAUUACUCAGGCAUAUGUUAUUUUUCUCAACCAUGUAUUGUAAGUAAUUUACAAUGGAUCAUUCCAGGAAACAUCCAUACCUCCACACAGAGGAAAUUAAAUUAACCCCUCAACCCUCUUCGAAUGUCCUAGUACACUUUUAAGUGAAGCCUUAAAAGGCUAAUUUCCACUCCGGAAAAUUAUCCGUGGAUUGGAACGGACAAGAAAAUUUUUCUUUGUGUUAAAGUCAUUAGUUCCAACCCAGAGCUCACAAGACAGAGAAAAACUUUCUUGUCCGUUCCUAAUUUUCCUGAGUGGAAACUAGCCUUUACUGUUAUCAGAAACAACCUUUUCUCCACUCCCCUUCGGAUAGCGGAAAUUUCCUCAUUGGGGAUAGGGUUGACUUUUCUGGAACGACUCAAUUUAACUGAAAUAGAAAGUUACAGAUAAUAAAAUAAAAUUUUCUAGCCAAUAUAAUACCAGACAAAUUUCCUGAUCUACUGGUAUAGGCACUGAUUUAGUCUCGAAAAUUGCGACGACACAGUACUUGUUCGUUUCCGGGUUGAAUUCCCAGAACACUGUAAAGUAGUUACCAAAAAAGUAAUGUUCGUACUUUAUUGACAUAUUCUCGCAAAAGCUCCAUUAGGAGGAACCGCUUAUUAUUUACGAGGUCACAUUUUAAUUUCCAAUCAUAUGUUCUAGCCCAAUCAAGUUUCAACAAUAAUCUUAAAAGAACAUCCCUGACCAGCUGUUUGAAUCACCCAUGUUCGAACUGAAUUUGUGUCCAAAGCCUUGGGGGAGAGGGGCGCGCAACUUCCCCACCUAAAGUGAUAGUGAAUGCCCUUUUAUGUUCAGCCUGCUUCCCAGGCAGCCCAGGAAAUAUACAUAUUCCUUAUAAACUGUCUUAAAACAUUUUAACAUGUGCCGAUAAAGUUUGCCUUACUUUGCUUGCUAGCGCUCUAUGUGGUGCCAUGUGUGACAAUACAAAGACGUAACCAUGCAACUGAUGCAAGUCUGCAUACAUCAUGAGCUACACAAUUGGGGGCGGAGGAACCGCGGGGGGCAAGGCCUUUGUCCACCCUAGUUUUGAGAAAACACCAAAAGUGCCCUCUCUGAGGUUGGGAAAGGGUAUUUUUGUGAGCCGUGAAUGGUCAAUAUUUGUUCGCGUGAAAUGCUUGAUUUUAGUGUCGUGAAAUGUGAUUUGCUCUACAGCCGUGAGACGUGAUUGUUGAUAAAAAUGCUCCGUGAAAUGAGAAUUAAGAAUGCCUGUUUCGUCAACUGUGAUUAUUAUAGUGAUUAUUAUGAUAAACAUGAUACGCGAUAAUCAAAUUUAUAUAAUCUCACUCGAUUGCACAAGAGUAAAAACUUCGGAGGCCUUUCUCGAGGUUCCUGACGCUGAGGACAAGGUUCCUGACGCUGAGGACAAGGUUCCUGACGCUGAGGACAAGGUUCCUGACGCUGAGGACAAGGUUCCUGACGCUGAGGACAAGGUUCCUGACGCUGAGGACAAGGUUCCUGACGCUGAGGACAAGGUUCCUGACGCUGAGGACAAGGUUCCUGACGCUGAGGACAAGGUUCCUGACGCUGAGGACAAGGUUCCUGACGCUGAGGACAAGGUUCCUGACGCUGAGGACAAGGUUCCUGACGCUGGGGACAAG